AUGACAGACAGAAAUACCCAUUUUUUAUAUAUAUAUAUAGAUUCAUGUAUUAAAGGUAAAUAGAGAAAAUUGGCUAUUUCUGGCAAUUUAUUUAAGUGUGUAUCAAACUGGUAGCCCUUCGCAUUAAUCAGUACCCAAGAAGUAGCUCUUGGUUUCAAAAAGGUUGCUGUAGAUUGUCACUGAAGGCAUCGAAACUAUGACACCUGUGAAGUGAAAACCAUUUGAGGUGACUGUCACACCUGGGUGAAGUCUCGUCCGGGGUUUCCUGAUUUUUCAUUUCCUGUUUUAUUUUGAAAUGCAGACUCCCCCUCUCGUUUCAGAUCACUUGCCCUUCCUCCUGUUCCACUGGUCUGACGUCUUUCCUGAUUGCCUGAUCGUGUCCACCUGUGUCACCCUCCCUCAGGUUUACAAAAGUCUCGUCCUCCUUCUGUCCUGCGUUCCUGUCAGACAUGGACUUGGACUUUGGUUGUUUCUUCGAUGCGGAGGAUAUUUAGUACCAGUCAGACGUGAAUAAGAGGGAACAGGACUGUGUGAGGUCCCCUCCAGCAGGCUCCUCCCUGAGAAAACAUUCCAGGAGAGAACCAGGCUCAAGGACCCGGGAAAGUCUCCGUCUUGAUCCCGCUCGGAGCGAGAAGUUCCAGAAGGACUCCCGAUGAGAGCACGAUGAAGUCUGUCUUGUUUCUGCUGCUGGCCACCGGCUGGACCCUGUGUGCGGCCCAGGUCUACCACCAGGCCCUGAUGGACUAUUUGGAGAAUAGACUGUUGGCUGUCGAGGGCCACAUGCACCUGUGUCAGGAGCAGUGGCGUCACCACCAGGUGUUGGUGCAGGACCUGCGCAAACAGUCCAACAAGACCAUGGAGCUCCUGAGGCAGCAACACCAGGCGCUGUCCGAAGACCUGGCAGCGGCGGCGGACCUCGUGGAGCGCGUGGAAGGACACAUGGACUCGGUGGUGAGCCAGACGUCGCCGAGGGCCUGCGCUAAGGAGGCGGACCGGGUGGUGGAGCAGGGACUGUGGAGCCAGGAGGAGAGCCGAGGAGACCUGGACCAGGACUGGGAGGAGAUUCCCUCCAGAGUGUCUGAUUGCAUGGAAAUCAUCUCGUCCAUCCGCUCCGUGAAGAUCCUGAAGCGGGUGGGCGCUCCAAAGGGGGUGUGGCUCCGAGACCCCAGGUCAUCCAAGGUUUACGUCUUAAACGGGACGGCGGGCGACACCGUCUACCAGUUUGAGUCUGUGAAGGCAUUUACGCAGUCGCCGGGGGGCGCCGACGCCGGCACCGGCACCGGCACCCGUUCCAUCCGGCUGCCCUCUGCCUGGAGGGGGAGCGGCGUCGCUGUUUACAACGGCUACUUGUACUACGUCCAGCAGGGGGCGGACGUGCGGGUGGUCAAAUACGACCUCUUGAGCGGCGAGCCGGCGGACACGGCCAUCCUUCCCGUGGAGAGUCGCUCCUUCGUUUACGGCCUCAACCCGGAGACGCUGGCAGACGUGGCGGUAGACGACCACGGCCUGUGGCUCCUUUACGCCAGCAGCGAGAGCGAGGUCAACAUCAACCUGGCAAAGAUGGACCCCGUCACGCUGGACAUCGAGCACAUCUGGGAGACCCCCUGCCCCAGGGACAAGGCGGAGGCGGCGUUUGUGGCGUGCGGGAGCGUCUACGUCGUAUACAACACUCGCCUGCCAAGUCGCUCGCGUGUCCAGUGCGUCUUCGACGUCAACGACAAGGUGACCGGCCAGGAGGCACCGCUCUUCUACUUCCCUCGGCGGUACGGAGCCCACGCCAGCCUGAAGUACAACGCGGAGGAGAAACAGGUCUACAGCUGGGACGACGGAUACCAGAUCCUCUACCGGAUGAACGUCAAGAAGAAACUGAAUUAGCUUUGUUUUGGCAAGUAAAAUAGUAGAAGUUAGAAAACACAUUUGUUAGGCUCGAUAAACACUGGACCAAAAGGGGCCCCAUGUUAGACCGUGGGCCAAAUUCCGCAUUUGACCAUUCUAAUAAUGUAAUUUAGGUUCCAUCUAGUGGAUAAUGUGGGUAAUACAGGUCAAUGACCUUUAAAUAUACUCAAAAUGAAAGUGUGUGCAGCAUUACUUAUACGAGCCAAUGCAAACAACCUUCCAUAGUCAUGGUGAGGAAAAAAUAAUAAUAAUUCAACCAACACAAAAUAUCAUCAUAACAGACAUGGUCAAAUUUAACACAGCCUGUCCACGCACCGUGUAAAAAAAAAAGCCGAAUUGCACCCAUUUAAAUCUGUUACAAAGCAUGAUGGGGGAUAAUGCUAAACACUACCUCCAUGCACACAUGCAUUUUUGCUGCUUGAUAAUUCCGAAUGAUUACAAAACUAUAAUGAGGUUGUCACGGACGUAAAGAAGGUAGAAGUCGACCUUUCACAUAAUCAAUUAUAUUAAUUAUUAUA